AUGAUGUUGAAUAUUAAAGAAAAUUGUCAAAAAUGUUUUGAUUUGGUAGACAUGAUGAUGGGGCAUGAGGAUGGAAGGGGCAAGGGACAGGGCGUAGUAGCUAAGGGAUAUGAGAUGGUCUGUGGUCAGACACGUGUAACAGUAACUACUAGAGUUAUAUCCAAUAACUCCACAUGUAGAAAUUUUAAAACUGGUCUGGUACAAAUGUUCGUCAAAUUGAUCAAAGAGAGGACAAUAGCGAAGGAAGGCACAGGAGUGCAAUGGAGGAAAAGGAGCGGUUUAGGAAAUGAGUGGACGAGGUUGAAGGAAAUGAGUGGAGGUGGUGGAGGCGGUGGAGGUGGUGGAGGUGGUGGAGGCGGUGGAGGCGGUGGAGGUGGUGGAGGUGGUGGAGGUGGCGGAGGUGGUGGAGACUAUUAA